AUGAACGACGCCAAACAUACCAUCCAGCUCCCCACGUUCCGUGAACCACCCUCACAGAGUCCAGAGGAAGCUCGCGCUAUCGUGGCAGCAUGGACAGACACAUUCAACGAGGCAUUGGCCAGCGGGAACAUCGCCGGCUUCCCUGAGCUGUUCCGCAAAGACGCCUGGAUCCGAGACUUCCUUACCUUAUCCUGGGACUUCCGCACCAUCCAGGGGUUUGAAAAGAUGAACGAAUACUUCCAGCAAAACCUGAAGGAAACAGGUCUCCGAAACGUCCGGCCAAUCGAGAAAGGUACCUUCACGCCGGCAUUCAGGACGGUCGCGCCCGGAGUUCACUGGGUCGACAGCAUGCUCGACUUCGAGACCAAUGUCGGCCGAGGCAAGGGCAUGGUGAGGUUGACGUUGGAGGAGGAUGAUUCUUGGAAGGCCUACAUGAUCAACUUCCAGCUCCGGGACCUGAAGAAUGUGCACGAGAGCCUGGGGAUCAACAGGCCGAUGGGUUACGUGGACCCCAAAGGAGGGAAUUGGAAGGAGAGACGGGACAGGCAGAAGGAGUUUGUCGAUGAGGAUCCAGUUGCGCUGGUGAUUGGGGCUGGCCAUGCGGGAAUCAACAUCGGCGUUCGGCUGCGACAUCUUGGUGUUCCGACUUUGAUGAUCGAUCGCAACGAACGGGUGGGAGACAGCUGGCGUAAACGGUACCGGACCCUUAUGACCCACGAUCCAAUCCAAUACUGCCACCUCCCCUUCAUCCCCUUCCCCGCCGACUGGCCCAUGUUCAUGCCCAAAGACAAGCUGGCAGACUGGCUCGAAUCCUACGCGACCAUCAUGGAACUCAACAUCUGGACAAACACCACGAUCGACGGGGCAGACUACGACGAAACCACAAAGACCUGGACCGCCACGAUCCGCAGGGCAGACGGCAGCACCCGCGUCCUCCGCCCGCGCCACAUCAUCCUCGCGACAGGCCAGGCAGGCGACCCCAUCGCCCCGACCUUCCCGGGCCAGGCGGACUUCAGGGGGACGGUAUACCACGGGAGUCAGCACACGGAUGCGUCCGAAAUACCGAAUGUUUCAAGCAAGAAGGUUCUCGUGAUAGGCUCCGGCAACUCGAGCCACGACAUCUGUCAGAACUUCUACGAAAACGGGGCCGAGAGGGUGACGAUGGUGCAGCGCGGCGGGACGUACGUCAUCACCGCCAAUAAAGGGAUCUUCGUGAUGCACAAGGGGGGGUACGAAGAAGGCGGGCCGCCGACGGAGGACCUGGAUAUCGCGUCCCAGAGCAUGCCGACGCCGGUCCAGUUCGCGUUGAAUGUCCACGGGACGAAGGCGAUUUCGGAGGCCGACCGCGAGAUUCUGGACGGGCUGACCAAGGCGGGCUUCAUGCUCGACUUCGGGGCCGAUGGGAGCGGCAUCUAUCGCAAGUAUAUCAGUCGUGGCGGCGGAUACUACAUCGAUAUCGGGUGCAGUAAGCUCAUCGCGGACGGCAAGGUCAAGGUACAUCAUAGUCCUGAAGGGAUCGAGAAGUUCACUCCUACCGGACUAGCUUUGGCCGAUGGCACGACGUUGGACGCGGAUAUCGUCGUUCUGGCUACCGGCUACGACGGGAUGAAGUCGACGACGCGGCUCAUCUUCGGCGACAAGGUUGCCGAUCGUGUGAAGGAGGGAUGGGGUUUGGACGAGCAGGGGGAGAUCAACUCCAUAUGGAGAAACAGUGGCCAUCCUGGUUUCUGGUUCAUGGGCGGCAACCUCGCGCUGUGUCGGGUAUACUCACGCAUGCUCGCGUUGCAAAUCAAGGCGCUGGAAGAAGGGCUCUAUGCCCAGACGUAG